CGCUCCGUCGGCGGCGCCUCCACCCGCCGGCGUCCGUCGGUCCGUCUGACUCAGGCGUCCGUCGGUCCCGGCGCGCGGCGCGCGGCCGGCAGUUGAGCGCCGGACCGAGUCGUGGUGAGGCGGUGUGGGCGGAACAGAGAGCCCCGGGGACCGGCGGACGGACGGACAGCACAGGAUGGCCGCGGCGCGGUUACCGUUCGAGCGCAGCGGAACGUUUCACGAGGUAUUUUAAGUUUGCCUUUUAUUUUUACUGACACUGUUUUGACGCGUCCACCGAUCCACCCAGCCCAGAUGAAGAACCAGGUUCAGUUCUCGUUCCGGGGCGUGCGUAGCUCCAAGUUCCGCCACAUUUUCGGCUCGCCAGCGCGCCGGGACCGCUGCUACGACAGCCUCAAGAUCACGCGCAACGCGCACGAUGGCAACUUCUGCGCGGCCAACCCCAAGUUCGUGGCCGUUGUCACGGAGGUGGCCGGCGGGGGCGCGUUCGUCGUCAUACCGCUCGAACGGACCGGCCGGGUGGACGCGUCCGUGGGUCGGGUCACCGGUCACGCGGGGCCCGUGAUGGACAUCAAGUGGAACCCCUUCAACGACAACGUGAUCGCCUCGGGCUCGGACGACAGCACGGUGAAGGUGUGGCACGUGCCGGACGGCGGUCUCAGCGGCAGCCUCACCGAGUGGCUGGUGGACCUGCGCGGCCACAAGAGGCGCGUCAGCUACAUCGACUGGCACCCGACGGCCGAGAACGUGCUCAUCAGCGCCGGACUCGACCACCUGAUAAUCGUAUGGAACAUCAGCCAGGGUUCUGUGAUAAACGCCAUCGACUGCCACCCGGAGGUGAUUUUCAGCAUGUCGCUGAACCGGGAUGGCUCGCUGCUGGCCACCACCUGCAAGGACAAGAAGCUGAGGAUCAUCGAGCCGCGCUCCGGCCGCGUCCUCCAGGAGGGCCAGUGUCACGAGGGCGCCAAGGCGUGCAAGGUGCAGUACCUGGGCGACUCUGGACGUCUGCUCACCACCGGCUUCUCAAAGUUCUCCGACCGGCAGUAUGCCGUCUGGGACGAGCGGCGCCUGGACGAGCCGCUGCGCAGAGAGAACAUCGACUCGUCGUCGGGGAUUCUGUACCCGUUCUACGACCCCGACACAAGGGUGCUCUUCCUCGCCGGAAAGGGUGACGGCAACAUCCGCUACUACGAGAUCGUGGACGAGUCGCCGUGGUGCCACUACCUGAACCAGUACAUCUCCGGCUCGCCGCAGCGCGGGCUGGGCGUGCUCACCAAACGAGCCGUGGACACGCGCCGCUGUGAGAUCUACCGGUUCUUCAAGCUGCACGCCACCAAAGACAUCUGCGAGCCGCUCUCCAUGAUUGUGCCGCGCAAGAGUGACCAGUUCCAGGAGGACAUUUAUCCGGACACCGCCGCUCCCACCCCGGCCAUGACAGCUGAGGAGUGGAUCGCCGGACACAACAAACCUCCGGUGCUGAUGUCGCUGCGCACAGUCGGCGUGCUGCCCGGGGUGGCUGUGCGCACCAACAAGCCGGCGAGCGUGAACCGCACCCAGGACGGUAUUCAGACGGGCGACAGGAACACCGACCGCAAGUUCGCCUUCAUCAGCACGGCGUCACGGCCCGACUACCGGCCGCAGCAGGUCAGCCGCGAGCCGGCGGCGCGGGAGCGGCUGAACGAAGCAAACAAGGCCACGUCAAAGUUCCAGCAGAUCCAACAGAUGUGGACCGAACAGGAGCCGUCCAGUCCGGCGCCGCAGUCGCCCGGCCCCGACUCUGGCCACAAGUCGAUGCCGCUGAAGCCUGUGAACGGUGUGUGCGAUCAGAAGGAGCCGCGCCGCGCCUCGUUCGGCUCCGGCGGAGCUCCGCAGCCCACCGCCGCACCGGCCGUCAGACAGGAGCAGCAGCAACAGCGCAGCGCGCCCGUCAACGGGGCCAGGGAGCUGCCGCACAAGGCAGAGCUCGAGCUGCGGAAACGGUACGCCGAACAGGCCGAGGAGAUCAAACAGCUGAAGAACAUGCUGAACAUCAAGGAGCAGCGUAUCCGUGAGCUGGAGGAUCAGCUGGACAACGUGCUGAAGACACAGAACGAGUCGGUGGCGUGAGCAGGCGCACCGGUGAAACUAUGGAACCACUGACUGACGUGUAACGUGAGCGAGCGCCGCUACUGCCCUCUGCAGUUGAAGGGACGGCGCUCAGCCGCAGAGUCCCGGCGCCUUCGUGCGCGCCCUCUGGAUUAACUCCAGCCCGAGUGACGAGUGAGAUUCCUGAGGCCGCCGCUCUGAACUGUCCUUCCCCAGGCCGGCCAAGGACCACCGAACUGCCGAGGGCCGGACGCGGACCAGGGCUGCCUGCCCAUAGCUUCAUGCGCUUGAGCGAUGAUCAAGUGUACAGAAGACAUUUUCCCGGGCGCUGCCGGGGCGUCCGGCUGUCACGGGCGCCGCAUCGCCGCUGCUUAUGACGCGAGAGACCGCGAGAGAGAGCGAGUUUUAUACGGAGUGACGUGUUGGGAUGAGUGUGGAUUGAGUUGUAUGCCAUUUGACGCUGGUUGUCCCCAACUGGCGGCUUCCCGGACCUCCGAUAUCGCUAUCGGAUAUCGGAUAUCCCGGAUAUCGCGGUCCACGGGACGGCAGUGGCGUAUGCGUGAGUGUGAGCGACUGGCGCCAGCAGGGUCCGCUGAUGACCAGGCUCCGCCGUAGAGUAUCUAACUUAUUUAGCCAGGAGCACUAUCAGUUGCUGUGAUAUUGUGACGGCGGUGUUGGUGUUUUUGACGUCACAAUUUGACUUUUGUGACGCUGUUGAGUGCUGACGUGGCCUGUUUCUGAAAGACAUGCGAAUGGAAGGUCAGAGCAUGUCAGUUACGGUUAAUUUGUUUGGCCAAAAUGAUAUUUUAAGUUAUAUAUGACCUGAUAUUUAGAUAGCCGAGUGACAAUGACAAUCCAUAGAACGGCGACAUAUGAAAAGCCUGUUGCAUUUGUCCGCAUGAAAAUCCAGACCUGAAUUGGAGCAUUCAUGUCUGAGUGAUUGACCAUCUGGCACUACCGAGGUCUCGCCGAACGGGACCGCGUCAGGUGACGAUCGCACCAACCACGCGCCUUUGUUACCGAUAUCAGUGUGUUGUUCUGUCGCCAACGACCUGUCACAAAUAUACUCCAGGCCACGACGA